AUGAGCGCUUAUUCGAGUGAUGACAGAAUUGAUAUGCAGAAGCUUGGUAUCGACAGCGACUUAGCAGAGCAUUUUUCGAAAUUUAAAUUACAAAAAAUUCAAAUUAAAAGGAAAGAACUUGAUAAAAAACCGGAUGAUCAGAAACGAUCCUUUCUAAUAGAAAAGCUCCGCUUAAGUGAAUCGAUCCCUUACGAUCCUUAUCUCGCUGUAAUUAAAAAAUUUGCUUCAUCUAAGGUUGACCCGCACAAUAAUCAAAUGUUUCUAAUAUUUGCCCCUUUUCUUACCCGUUUCGUUGCGAAUUUUGCGAUAAACAUUCUAAAUUGUAUGAAUUCGGACCCAUCAUCAAAUUCGACCUUGAUAAAAGAGAUGCCUUCGAUACAAGACGUCGCAUUCAAGUACGUUAAAUAUGGCGGUAAUGACAUUUUAA